AAUGAGAUCACGUGCUUGGAAAGACGUCACUUCGAUAAGGUUUAUGAGUGGCGUAGAUGUUACACGUUUCAGUUGCUUGAAAUGAACAUGUGUGGGUCAAUAACGAGUACAAACCCAGGAUUAUAUAAUGGCGUGGAAUAAGUUGGUGUACCUCACAUUAUUAUUAUUCGGGUUUGAGUCCAGCACAAAGAGUCAGACGGUAGUUGUUGACUACAGCGAACUGGCUGUCGACGCCGAAGAUCACAAGAAUAACAUUUUAGACUUUUUGAACGAAUCGGAUGUGAUCAAGCGUUACAAAUAUAAAUACGACAUCUUACUGAAUGAACUGAAGGGUAACUUGAACAAUAGCCGGAGAGGACCCUCAGAGACCCGACGCAUCGUGUUAGGGAGGAACACAUCAAUAGCGUCCGUGCCCUGGCAGGCUUCACUCCGGGAGAGGUCAUAUCCCAUCUGCGGAGGAUCCGUCCUCACCGACAUAUGGAUACUCACCGCAGCACAUUGCCUGUUGAGAGCUCACGCGACCGACCUGACCGUCCGUCUGGGCUCGUCGUGGAAGACCCACGGGGGGGAGAUGUACGACGUGAAGGAGUCGUUCGUCCACCCUCGCUACGUGAGCACCACCAAGGUGAACGACGCCGGCCUCGUGAGGCUGCACACGCCGCUGAGGUUCUCCGCCAGGGUGCUGCCCAUCCGCCUCGUCCAGAGAGACACCAAGCUGCCGGCCAAUGAGGUGGCCAUUGUGUCCGGAUGGGGCAAGUUGAUGGAAGGUGGUAUGAGCGCUACAUUCCUCCAGUCAGCUGGCAUCGCCACCAUAGCUAUGAAACUCUGCAGAAGGUCAGGUCUUCAGCCCAAGUCCAUAGACCCUCACAGCAUGUUCUGUGCCGGAUCCUUCAACCAACCCUCGCCAGACGCUUGCCAGGGAGACAGUGGUGGCCCAAUUGUAUUUGAUGGUGUUCAAAUCGGUGUUGUCUCCUGGGGGUUGGGCUGUGCUCGAGGUAACUUCCCCGGAGUGUACACCCGACUUGCCCACCCCGUUAUAAGAGACUGGAUACAGGAACAUAUUGUUGAGAAGAUCGAUGCCAAUAUCACCUUUAGAUAAAAUAUACCACUUCGCUUACCAUGCAGUGCCAUGGAACGGACAAAGUGAAUUGAAAAAUGAACUUUUUGUACAACUUUUGGUUCUGUUUUCCAUUUUGUGGUCUUAUUUACUUAGUUCUUAAUUUAAUUGUCUUUGAUAGGUAACGGUGAUGGAUUUUGUUGCAACUAUCUUACUGGUCUCUAUAACUUAUACGCUGGACAGACUAACGACCAAAUUGUAAAUAAUUUUGUUAGAAUAGAAUAUGAAUAUUAUGUAACUUAAUUCAAUCUGAUGGAAAUUAAAAAUGUAAUUGCAAAAGAAAUGUAUAGUUAUAUUAAUGUAUGUUCGGUUAUUUUAAUAAAACCACUUGUAUUAUAAAUAAAUAAUAAAUUAAAA